CCCGAGUUGCGGGGUUCCGCCGCCGAGCAGCAGUUGGGCUCGCCGCCGUGCGCUCAGACCGUUCUCUCGGGCCUGCGGGCCGCGUGUGCCCUGCCUGCCGCCCCGACGCCUCGGCGGGGCCGUCGGCGCAGCCAUGGUGGUGCUGCACGUGAAGAGGGGCGACGAGAGCCAGUUCCUGCUGCAGGCGCCCGGGAGCACCGAGCUGGAGGAGCUCACGGCGCAGGUGACCCGCGUCUACAACGGGCGGCUGAAGGUGCAGCGGCUCUGCACAGAGAUGGAAGAUCUGGCGGCGCACGGCGUGUUCCUCCCCCCGAACAUGCAGGGGCUGACCGAUGAGCAGAUCCAAGAGCUGAAGCUGAAGGACGAGUGGGGGGCGACAUGCGUGCCCAGUGGGGGCUCCGUUUUCGAGAAGGACGACAUUGGACGGAGGAAUGGGCAAGCUCCGAAUGAGAAGAUGAAGCAGGUUUUGAAGAAGACGGUAGAAGAAGCCAAAGCGAUAGUGUCUAAGAAACAAGUGGAAGCUGGAGUCUUUGUUACCAUGGAGAUGGUGAAAGAUGCCCUGGACCAGCUUCGAGGUGCAGUCAUGAUCGUUUACCCCAUGGGGCUGCCACCGUACGAUCCCAUCCGCAUGGAGUUUGAAAAUAAAGAAGAUCUGUCAGGAACGCAGGCAGCACUGGAGGUCAUUCAGGAGUCAGAGGCGCAGCUGUGGUGGGCUGCCAAGGAGCUGCGAAGAACGAAGAAGCUUUCUGAUUAUGUGGGCAAGAACGAGAAAACCAAAAUCAUCGUGAAGAUCCAGCAGAAGGGGCAGGGGGCACCAGCCCGAGAGCCGAUCAUUAGCAGCGAGGAGCAGAAGCAGCUCAUGCUGUUCUACCAUAAGAGACAGGAGGAGCUCAAGAAACUGGAAGAAAAUGACGAUGACUCCUGCUUAAACUCGCCAUGGGCUGAUAACACCGCAUUGAAAAGACACUUUCAUGGGGUAAAAGACAUAAAGUGGCGGCCCAGAUGAGGCCCGCCACUUAACGAGGCCAUCAGAGCCACUGGCCCGCCUUCCUUGAGCAAAAUAAUUCUAACCUAUACAAGACAUGGAGGUCUCUAUUUUCCUGGUUUCUUUUAGUUUGAAUUUUUGAAAUAAGUCUUUCAUCAUUUUAGAACUUAAUAAAUAUAUGCUCAA